AUGGAGGCAUUUUCCCACUGUUUGUUACAUUUAAUAAAUUACUCUGGUGAAAAUUUUGGGGUUCCUCAAACACCUCUGAUUAUAUCCAAGUAUAUUAUUUACGAAUAUUUUAUGAAUCUCAAUAAUAGAACGAAAAUAGAUUUUUUGAUAAGACCGUACACUAAAGACGCCAACAACAAGACCGAGUUUACGUAUAUAUUACAAGUUAUGAGAUGGCGAUUGCCAUGUGACGCUCACUUUUAUCUCCAUCCUCCGCAUGAUUCCGACUCCCUAUUUAAUCGGGGGGAGAAUCCUUGGAAGAAAUUGGAAAUUCCUUUCCACUAUUACAACAAUAUACGGCAGACCACUGGGUUGCAUAAUCUUCAGGCUAUGAUUUGGUCUCGUAGCAUCUACCAUAUUUUAGUCGUGGAAAAGAAUACCCAAACAUUAAUGUGGAGACGAGCAAUUGGACGAAUCGUGCACUACUACCCUGUCAUCGUCCCUUUGAUUUUAGUGACUGAAAGUUCCUCUUUUACUCUGGAUGUAAAAAUAGCGUCAGUCAGCAUCGGCUGUAAUCAGUGCGACUAUUUUAAGCAAACUUACAUUCAGUGGGAUGAUAUGUCUACGUUUAACUUGAAAAACUUUCAGGACACGUUGAAAUUGUUGAAUGAAUAUCAUAAAGAGACCUUAGUUCAGGUUGAAGACGACUUGAAUAAUCAAGAAAUUCUAAAAUGGAAUGAGGCAUUCAAGUUACACCAGGGCGAAAUUUCCUUUAACGACUUUCCCAAAUUGGAGACUCUCUUCGGACUAUCGAGUGAUCAAAUAAUUUUCCGAAUUGUCUUUCAAAAUGUAACAUUUGCUAACAGCAAAGAGUCGUUCACACGCUGCAUCAGAGAAUCAAAAGAGGAACAGCUAAAUGUACCAAAUCAUGAAAAUUACGAAAUUUUUUGUCGCAACGGGUUUCAUCCUCUUUCAGUGAAGUUUGAUGCGUUCAGCCGACUCUUAUUUAUUCGAAAAUCCGAAUAUUUCACAUUUCUCUCUUGCGGAGAAGGGAACUUGCCCGCAUUGUCAUUUCAGGGAUUUAUUUCUGCAUUUGAUGUGGAAACCUGGGCAGUCAUCGCUUUAUGUCUCGUCGGAACGACCAUGAUUUGCAUUUCCCUUAUCAACAAGAAACUAGAUUGUUGGAGCCGUAGAUUUUGGUCAGAAUCGCUGUUUGGAGCUUUAAAGCUUUUCCUGGAACAAAGUAAUGCCAUUAUAAUAAAUAAUGCUACACGGAGUAAAAGUUACGCCGUUUAUUGCAUUUGGGGAGCAUCUCUUGCAAUGUGUGUCAUAAUUGGAAAUCAAUACAAAGGGGAAAACAUUAGCCAAAUUUCUGCACCUUUUCAAUCAGAACCACCGGACACCUUUAAAAGUUUAAUUAGUUCAGAGUACAAAAUUUACAGCAAAAUUCAUUUAACUUUACAACAGAGUAUAUCUGAGCUAUUUUCGGCUUCAAUACAUACGUCGCCAGUACUUGAGGAUUAUACAGAAAUACAUCCUUUCGAAGAACACAUUGUUUCUUUUUCCCCUGCAAAGUAUAUUCUCCAGAAUGUACACUUCCACCCCAAUGAAACGCUCGCAAUUAUUCUGAGCCAGUCAAAUUUCUCGUUCUUGAAAGCACUCGCCCCUUGCGACAAAAUUGCUUUAGCUGGCUGGAAAGACGAACUCAAGACAUUACACAAUCAAUUGCGAUCCCGAAUAAAAGGUCACAAAUUGGUGGGAAUAGGUAACGAAAACCUUUAUCAACGACAUCAUGGCUGGGAAAUUUAUAACUGGCCAGACAGAAACGCUUUUAUGAAAUUCUAUUCCCUUCACGAGUCGGGUAUUUCCAACCAGUGGAUAAACAUUGAGAAUUUUAGGGAUAUGAAAUUUAUGUCGACAGAUUCUACAAGAAACGUUUAUAAACCACUUCAGUUAUCCGGAAAUACUGGAACAAUUUUUUUACUGUACAUGGCUGGUAAUGUCAUUGGAAUAGUCAUAAUAUUAGCUGAAAUCUCGAUUCAUGAACAAAGCGACAAAAAGUGCAUUUUUUAUGGAGAACAGGCAAUGACGAAGAAAUUUCGAUCCUAUACGGGAAUUCCAACACCCACAGUUGAUUAUGGAUUCAUAAGUAACCGCCCAAAAGUCACUAACGUCCAAAAACAACCUCUCGAUUUAACAAUCACAAUGUAAAUACUCAAAACAUCUUGUAUUAGCAUAAAUACUUAACUGCAAACACAAUCGUGAGAUGACUAAAAGAAAAUUUUAAAAUAUUGAAAACGUGUUUAUUAUAUGAAGAACUGGGUCAUAACUAUAGAUGUCUUGUUUAAUUUCCACCGUCAAAAACUAUAAUUCAAUAAAAUCCAGAAGCAUACAUCGCUCUCACUGCCCGUCAAUUAAAGAAUUGAUAUUUUCAUAGCCAUUUCUUUCAAUAAGGCGAGUAAAUAGUGAAAGAUAUCUAAUUGUGAAGGUUCCACAUUAAAGUAAUUUAAACAUACAUAUAUGUAUAUAACUUGAACGAAUAGAGAUUGACGGAAGGCUUAAAAAAUAUCCACACUGCCCUUUGCCCCCCUUUGCCCAUAUCGACCUUCACCACCUUUUCCGAUGAAGGUAACAUGCAUUUCCGUGCGGGACAUUUCAGAAAAGCGUAGUACUACUUCGAUCGACAUUUAAAAUUGGAAGUGCACUUCUCCCACGAAAACCUGAAUUUCUCAUGGAAAUUCUCCACUUUAAAGGCUUGGCACUAAUGAAGCUGAAAAAACUACGACAAUGCUGCAACAGCGCUUCAAGAAUUCGGACAACAAACUGCCUGAAACAAAAUCAAUAGCCCUGGACUACCUACUUGGGACGCAGCCAUGCAUUAAAAGGGUCAUUUGCAGAAGGGGCAAAAAUUUGGGAUUCACGCUCUUCUAUUACGAAAACCCCUAUUGAGAGGUCGUUGUUAUUUCGGAUUGAAUUUGAACACCAUGCAUAAUUUUAUCUAAAAGCAACAAAAUGCCAACAGAAACAAACAAGUUUGACUUGGCCAAGAUAUAUGGAAAUCAAUGACGAAGCACCCAAAUCAACGACAAUAUUUGGAAAAUGAAUCCAGAGAUUUUAUUGGCCAAGUGUGAAGUAAAAAGUAAAAUAUUUGAUAAAGCUAAUCGACAUUUUAAAAAAGUCAAAGAGCACAAAGGCCAAUGUUGGAAUGCUGAGGGAGGCGGAACAAUGCAUUAAAAUUUAUACCGAACGAGCCGAUGCUGGAACCACAUGCACAUUCUCACGAAGACGAUGAAAAAGAUGCCUCCGAUGAUGACCUGGUUGAGUAAUCACUCAUCCUCAGUUAACAUGCAAUAUUAAAUAUGAGAUUUAAAAUGAAAUACGUAAGAAAAACAUUUGUACUGUCCGAUAAUUUACUCCAAGAAUAAAAACAAGAUCCAACAUACAUAAAACAUAAUAUUGUGUACGUACAACAACAACAACAUUGACCCGCUUAACUAUUUCGACUUUUAGUAUUCUCCGAUUAUGCAUGUAUGACUGAUUAGUUUUGGUUGGACGAAAGUUUUUUUUGUUUGACGGAAUAAUUAAUGACACCAACAUUUCAGCACAUCAACUUUUACAACUCUUAUAAUAAAAAU